GGCACAUAUUUUCUCAUAUACAUAUAGUUUUUAUUUGAUGUUCGGCUGUUACUAGUACGAAGCCGAAUACCAGUAAAGAUGGAUAACUUUCAAGAGAUGUCCGAUGUUCUGAGGAGAGCAUCCUUGAUCUCCAUAACGAAGCCUGAUGGAUUGGUGGAUAAAUUAAGUAAAGACAAACACAAGCCCAAGGAUACUUUGUACAUGGUACACACGUUAAGUUUACUAUUUGGUGUGCUCAAUAUGCUGCCCUUUUCUUUCUUCGUCACUGCUAACGAUUACUGGAUGUAUAAAUUUAGAGACCCUGCAAAGGACACGGCAGAUCUGAAUAAUAAGACGACCCUUGAAAAAUAUUUCGUGUCAGGAAGUCUAAUAGUCCAAACUGUACCCGCUAUAGCGACCAUGUUAUUAUCGACAACUUUCGGACCCAGAUUUAGAGCACACCCCAGGAUUAUUAUAUCGUUGACUUCAAUAAAUAUUAUUUUUGUUGUAUUUACUGCCUUCAUAAAGAUUAAUACAGACACAUGGCAGGUGGCAUUUUUUGUGCUCACACUUUUGGGAAUGUCUUUUAUAACAGGAGUCCUUAACCUGUUCCAAGUUACCUCCAUAGCUGUCAUAUCGAAAUUCCCUCCAGCUUAUAUGAAGAGUUUCUUAAUCGGCCAGGGAAUGGCGUCGAUUUUCAACUCAACCUUGCAAAUUAUAUCAUUGGCUCUUGGAACCUCCACGGAAACUUCAGCACUCUUCUAUUUCAUUACGGGCACUCUAGUAAUACUUUUUAGCUGGGUUUUAUAUCUGUUCGUUCAACACACGUCCUUCUAUAAAUAUUACAUACAGAUAGAGCUGGAAGAUACAAAGAAAAAGCACUCGAAAGAAGACAUUAAGAUUGCAUUCUUGCGAAUAUGGCCCUCUAUGGCUACAAUGUGCUUAGUAUUCUUUACUAUGAAUCUGACUCAUCCCUGCGUUACCACUUUAGUCGUUUCAGAAAACUAUGGCAAUGGGAAUAAAUGGAACGACGUGUACUUCGUACCUGCCAUUACAUAUUUGUUUACCGAAGUGUGUUCAUUGCUUGGAAGGUUAUUGUCUAGGCCCAUAAUCACGAAAUCUAAUGGUCCCUGGGUAGUAGGCUUCGUUGUUCUUAGGAUGAUAGUCCUGAUACCUUUGGUGUGGUUUUGUAACGCGCAGCCAAGGAACCACCUUCCAGUUCUAUUGCCACACGACUGGCAGUAUAUUCUGGUCCUCCUAUUAUAUUUUGUGACUUCCGGCUUCUUGGUUAACAUUUCCGUUCUCAGCGUCCCACAACUCGCAAAGGAAAAAGAAGACGUGGCCUACUUGAUCUUGCUUAGUUCUGUAUCAGUAUCUGUGGGUGUAUUUUCUUUCAUUAGUUUACUAGCCGUUCGUAUACUGUGAUACAAUUAACUCAUCAGCCUUGACCCAGCUUUGCCCUUUAAAUAAGUUAAAUAAUCAAUUAGAAAAUUAAAAAAUUUUUUUUACAUUACUUAAAUAUUUUGUGAUAUCUCAGUAGGUAUGUAGUGGAGAAAGAUGAAACACUGGCGAAGCGCAAUGCCGCCUCGUACACCACGUCAGGAUCACUUGGCACCCAUUAUCUUUACGUUUAAUAAUAAGGUUUAAAUUAACUGUAUGUUAUUGUUCUUCUAAAAUGAAUAAACCA